AUGGAAAACCUGCGCGAAAUCAUGGAUCCAUCUGGAAAUUCGAAUAUAGACAACAGUGUUUCACCAUUUAUGAAUCAGCGUUCCAAGGGACCAGGUCGGUUAGUACGUAAAACAAGUGCAGAGAUAGUGAGUGAAGCGAAGAGCAUGCUGGCUGGAGGAGGUACACGUUUAGUAUCGGCUCGGCGUCCAAUAACGCCACGUGAACCAAGAAGGCAACUGUACGGUAGGGUAGCUCCCCCGGGUCGACCUCCAAGUGCGAUCAGCUUGAAAUAUCUUCAGCAGGGAGCUCACACUCUACCCUCAUUGGAGCCCAUACAAUCGUGCGGUGAAACUGGAUUAAGUGUUUCACGAUCUGAGUCGGUAAAUACGUUUAGCAGCAAUACCAUAGGGCGAGAGGGUUUGGGACAAAUUGCGGGUAGAGAAAAGCUUCCAGCUCUCGUCAGUGUUGCUCAGACUUGUGCUGGAUCAUUGGAAAAUAUAUCUCGUUACGAGCCUCACGAGGAUAGAGCUUCUCUUCAGUCCAACAAAUAUUCAAAUCCGCCCUUACAACAUGAUUCACUUAAUAGUAUUGUAAAGAACCAUCCUUUAAAGAGACGUCAAGUUCAAUCGUUGGAUGAAAAAUUGCCAACCAGCGUGGUAUCAGAGGUGGGACGUAAGAACACUAUUGAAGAUCAGAGUAAACUGCUUAGAAGAAGCAAUGAUCUGUUGCUACAAUCAACAACGGAAUCUCUACUUGAGAUGCUGAAGGUUCAUGCAGGACUAAAAGAUUGUGAUGAAAGCACAGCGGCACAUAUAAGUGGGAUUUUACAAGAACUUUAUGUAAGAGUUAAGGGUUCUCGCGGAAGUUGGCGCGGGGCCGUAUUGGGAGCACUAUAUGGGUUGGUUGAAGCUUCCUCUUCGAGAAUCCUGUUAUUGGUGGCAUGCAUUGUUUUGGCGAUGAACGUUACGGGAAGCAACCUAACCGGAGCCUGCAAACUUGUCUUCAAAAUAGCUCGCAAUGAGCAUAAUGAUAACCUUUUCAUGGACAGUGAUGUUCCUGAGCUACUGGUAGACGGACUUGGACGGGCAUCACCACUAGAUGAUCCAGAAGCUUGCAUUUACGGUUACGGAGCAGUUCGGUUUCUCACAGGCUCCACUAAUGGAUCUGGCAGCGCAGACUAUAACGACUGCAGCAAUGAAAGUGUCGGCAAUGCUCCUCUGAGAACACUAGCGUUUCGAUUGGCAAAACAUGGCCUCUGCCAACUGAUGGUGUUACAUUUAAAGAUGAUAAAUGAAGUCGCAUCCACUGCACAGCUGUCAGGAUCUCCUCUACAUGCACUGUUCCAGCUUUCAGGUGCAUUACGUGCACUGACAGGAAGUUGUGUUACAAACGGUUCUCGUGUCUGCCAGUCGUCCGAUUACCGACAACUUCCUAUGAGCCGGCCGUCUGGAUCUGGGGCGGAGGAUGUAGAUCAAGUUAUGGCCCAAAUCGAACAAGCAGUACCGUUGCUUGUACGAGCCGCAGAGAUGUGUAUUAAAGAGCAAGAGGUUCAAGCGAACAUCAUUCGCACAUUGAGUGCCCUUUCAGAGCGAGCGGAAUGUUGCGAACGAUUGGCAGUAGCUGCUUCACGGCUUGGCAUAUUACUUGGAUCGAUCACACAGACGAAUUAUUCCGUGGAGAAAGGUUUAGCAACAUGCAACCGUCUCGGGUAUAUUUUAGGUAAUGUUAUGUCCCGUUGGGAUACGGCACGGGUCCAAUUCUACUGCUGCGACGUGUCCUGUGAUGCGUUACUACAUGCGUUGGAAUACUAUGCAAACAAGAGCAUUACAAUAAAGAAUCAAAUGGGAGACUCGAUUGUAGAAGUGUUGACAAAGCUAAUUCGAAUUGUUGCCAACAUGUGUGUGAAUGGUGAAGUUGGUUAUGGAAUGAGUAAAAAACAACCGUUGGGUGAGAUUCUCCUCAAUAUUUUGCUAAAGGUUAAGGAACCUGAAACAGCGGAAUUAGAAGAGCUGUUAUUUGCAACCCUUGGAGCUUUACACAAUCUGUCGUAUUAUUAUGAAUGUGGUGAUUCACAAGCGGCUAGCCAUAUGCAUCCAGGAAGCAUCUGUGACCGUAUGAAAGAUAUAUGUGGAACGUUGUGCAUAAUUUUAAACAGUGACCAAAAUCCAGCACGCUCAGAAGUAGCUCGUGUACUGGGAAAUAUGACCCGAAACGUUGCAAUACGCCAGACAUUUUGUGAAGAAAAUGGAAUACAGAUUCUCAAGCGCUGUUUAACUUCCAACAACGACGAGCUAAUGGUGACUUGUUGUGGGGUUUUAAUUAAUGUGCUUGGUGAUGGGUCUAGCAGAACUCCGUUUCGUGAAAUGGAGGGCCCCGUUAUAUUAGAGUCUAUCUUGCAGCGGGGUGUCAGGAACCGUGACUGGAUUAUGGCCGGAAUUGCAUGUCAAGCCAUCUGGAACUACUUGAUCGAUACGGCAGAUAUUUUUAAAACAUUAGAUCACGUUGAGAUCGAUUUGAUGUGUGCAAAUUUAGCGGAAGGAUUGGAUGAAGAAAACUUAUUUUGUGGCAAAGAACCCGACAACUUUUGGGAAGAUUUUGCUCCUGUAGCAACGGAUUUAUUGGAACGAUUACAAUUUUGCAUUUCAAAUGAAAACUCCCCUAAUGAAAGCUCCGACGAAGAAGCUGAUGAGAUCAAAGGCAUGCAGUAUUGGUGA